GGCCCUGCAGAAGCAGCCAACAUGCCCAUCUCUAAGUGCCCACAAAAGUCAGAGGCCCUAUGGAAGGUGUGGGACCAAAAGGCCCAGAAGAAUGGACUGAAACACCAGGUGUAUGCUGUCAAUGGUGACCAUUACGUGGGUGAAUGGAAGGACAACAUGAAACAUGGAAAAGGAAGGCAGAUCUGGAAGAAGAAAGGGGCCAUCUAUGAGGGAGACUGGAAGUUGGGGAAGCGAGAUGGCUAUGGUACCCUCAGUCUUCUUGACCAAGAGACUGGAAAGCAUAGGAGAGUCUAUUCUGGCUGGUGGAAAGGUGAUAAGAAAUCGGGCUACGGGAUCCAGUUUUUCGGACCCAAAGAGUAUUACGAAGGUGAGUGGUGUGGCAACCAGCGCAACGGGUGGGGCCGCAUGUACUACAGCAAUGGUGACAUCUUCGAGGGCCAAUGGCGGAACGACAAGCCAGAAGGGGAGGGCAUGUUGCGCCUGAAGAAUGGGAACCGCUAUGAGGGCUACUGGCAGCGAGGCUUGAAGAACGGGUCCGGGCGUUUCUUCCACCUGGACCACGGUCAGCUAUUUGAAGGCUUCUGGGUGGACGACAUAGCCAAGUGUGGCACAAUGAUCGACUUUGGCCGCGAUGAGGCCCCUGAGCCCACCCGGUUUCCCAUUCCUGAGGUCAAAAUUCUAGACCCUGAUGGCAUACUGGAGGAAGCCUUGGCCAUGUUCAAGAAGAAAGAGGAACAAGAAGACUGAUACCAG